AUGCAUUGCGUGCAGGGUAAGGCGAGGCGGCGGCGCGUGCCGGCGUUCGGGGAGUGGAACUACUACUACUACAGCGGCGAGCUGGCCACGCCGCCCGCCGUGCCCGCCGCGGCGGCCGAGUGGUGCGCGGCGGCGCCGGAGCUGGAGGCCAGCAGCGACGUCUGGUUCAAGUACUCGCCGCCGCCGCGGAGGCCGCCGCCCAGCAGCAGGAGGAAGGUCCGGAGGCCGGCGACGGGGGAGAUGGACGGCAGGUCCUACGGCGGCGGCGGAGGCGGCAAGCGGGGGCCUCAGCAUCAUCGUUCGGCGACGCCCGCGAGGACGUCGUCGUCCGACACCGUGGCACCGCCGUCGCUGGCUUGCACGCCGGCCGGCAAGGGUAAGGCCGGCGCCGGCGCCGCCAGGGCGCGGGUGGUGCGGCCCGUCGACGCGGACCUGUACCAGGUGCCCCCGCCGGAGUUCCUCCCCGGCGACGACGAGCCCAGAAGGAGGAGGAAGGCGUCGAGGAGGAGCCUGUGGACGGGUUGCUUCGGCUUCAAUUGCGUGCCGGCUGAAUAG